CGUGUUAAAUGCAGAUGGAUUCUGUUGUUCAAAUUGAUGUUGGUUUGGAAUUAGCAAUCCGCACGUGAUUUUGGAUUUUUGGUUUAAUAUUAGUUUAUUUUAAGUUAGAAUGCGCUAUCUAAAACUUUACUAUGAAAAGUAGCCUUGAUUAUAGUAAUAAGAUAAUUUUGGCACCUAUGGUUCGCGUUGGAACAUUGCCGAUGCGAUUGAUGGCUUUGUCUUAUGGUGCAGAUAUUGUUUACACGGAGGAAAUCAUUGACUGGAAGCUGUUGAGAGCGGAAAGACAAAUUAACGAUGUACUGAAAACAGUUGACUAUGUGGAUAAAACGGAUGGAUGUAUCGUUUUCAGAACAUGUGAUAAAGAAAAAGGAAAAGUAGUUCUCCAAUUAGGAACAGCAAAUGCUGAACGGGCUCUUCUAGUGGGUAGGAAAGUACAGCAAGAUAUUGCCGCUUUGGAUAUAAAUAUGGGAUGUCCAAAAGAUUUUUCUAUAAAAGGUGGAAUGGGAAUAGCAUUGUUGUACGAUCUCGAUCGAGCGAAGAGUAUUCUAACAACGUUGGUAAAACAUUUGGACAUCCCGGUCACUUGUAAAAUUAGAAUCAUGCCGGGGAUAGAUGAAACAAUAAAAAUUGUCAAAGAAUUGGAGACUACAGGCAUCUCUGCGAUCGCUGUGCAUGGUAGAACGAAAACGGAACGACCACGCCAUCCUGUUCAUGCAGAUGUGAUUAGAGAGAUAGUAAAAGCAGUCGGAAUCCCGGUUAUCGCAAACGGUGGCUCACAGGAAAUUCACAAACGAUCUGAUAUUCUAAAAUUUCGUGAUGCUUGUGGAGCAGCUAGCGUUAUGAUUGCUCGUGCGGCUCAAUGGAAUUGCUCCGUGUUUCGUGACGAAGGACCUUUACCGAUUGAAGAAGUCAUUCAUGAGUGUUUGCGACUAUCAGUAGACUAUGAUAACUCACCUUCUAAUACUAAGUACUGCAUACAGAUGAUUUUAAGAGAUCUUCAAGAAACAACAUUAGGACGUAAAUUUUUGGACAGUCAAACACUUGAGCAAAUUUGCGAAGUUUGGAACCUUGGAUCCUACUGUAGGAAAAAACAGUUGGAGUACCAUAAUGCUGGCAUUCGUGGUAGGCGGCAAGCGUGUCCUCAAUCCGAUGCAAAUCCACAGGAUGAAAAUUGCCCGUCAAAAAAAAUUAAAAUGCUCAGUGACGAAAUAUCGUCAGACGUGAUAGAGCAUAAUAUUAGUUUUAUAAGAGUAAACUAUGCUGAUGACAAAGAACUUCCGAAAAGUAAACUCUACCUCUACACGGUGAAGAACAACAUAAAAUUACCCAAAUAUGAGGUUAUAAACAAAAAUAAACUGUUCCGAGCGAUCGUGAAAGUGGCCGAUGGGAAAUACAGUAGUUCUUUUUGGGAAAAGAGCAAAAAAUUUGCCGAACAAUCUGCUGCUCUCACAUGCCUUUACCACCUUGGUAUUGAAAGCAAAGAAAAGUUAAUUGAGAACGGUUCAAUGAUAGGAUGAUUAUCAGGUUCGAGUAGUUAAAAGAGAUUUUUAUUUUUAAAUCGAUUUGAUACAUAAUUGUAAUUACGGAAGUUAAGAGUGGUUUGAGCUGUUGAAUAAUGCUAAUAAAGGAUGACUAGAAAACUAA